AUGAGUGAGAGGCAUAAUAGGUCUGGGAACGCCUUCUCGCUUCACACGCGUAGGAAACGGCGCCCCUAUGAGGGUCGCGCUGCAAAGGGGGCCCUCUCCCCACUGGCUGCUCUACGAUUUACAAGCAAUGAAGUCUUAGAAGGCCACAGCGGCUGCGUUAACCGUCUUUGUUGGAGUGAAACAGGCCAACUGCUAGCGAGCACAGGUGAUGAUCAGUUGGUGUUGCUAUGGGAUCUGCAGCAUACAGGGGAGGGGCCCCCUGGGGGCCCCUUAGGGCUUCCCCAGGGGGGCCCCCCUGGGGGCCCCCUGGGACCCCUGGGGCCCUUCCGGGAUACUCUGGAGGGGCCCCUGGGGGGCCCCCUGGGGGGCCCCCUUAGGGGCCCCAUGGGGCCCCUAGGAUCCCUACAAGGCAAUCUGGAGGGGCCCUCACAACGCAGUGAAGACCGAAUUAUUCAUCCUGUGCAUCUCAUAGCCACAGGUAUAUCUUUUUGA